CAGGUAUGGAAGCAUGCUCACAACACUCCUUCUGUUGAAAUUAAAGGUUCACGACUGAUAUCUCGACUCGCGUCCGGCCUGAAACCUCGAUAUCAUUUUGCUGGUAUGGGAGUCCACUACGAACGACAGCCCUACAGGAAUCACCGUGUUCUAUUAGAGCCAGCUCAGCACGUGACUAGAUUUAUUGGUUUGGCUCCAGUCGUCAACGACAAGAAGCAGAAAUGGCUUUAUGCCUUCAACAUUCAGCCGCUGCGCAAGAUGACUCGUGAUGAACUUACCGCCCAACCGCCUAACUCUUCAGAAUUUCCCUACAUGGACAUUCUUGAGAAAUUCAUGGCUGAGGAACAGCUCAAAAGAAACAAAACUUACAACGUUGUGGAUCGAUAUCGUUUCGAUAUGUCUGAAGAAAUUGAGGACAAGGUGGAUCGAGGUGGACGGAAACGGCGAAAGAAUGAUUUCCCUACUGGCGAAAAAGUGCCUGCAGCUCCGUGUUGGUUUUGUUUGUCGAAUGUGGACGUGGAAAAGCACUUGGUGGUCAGCGUGGGUGAUCUCUGUUAUGCUGCAAUGCCUAAAGGACCACUCGUGGAGGAUCAUGUCAUGGCUGGUAAGUCGCUAGUGUGCUUCGAGCGUAAUUACCGUACCCAACAUCUCCAAGUGCAAAUGGUACCGAUACCUAAAAGUGCCGUCAAAGCGUUGCGUGGAGCCUUUCUGAAUGCUGCUAAUCUUGCAGGAAUUGAACUCGUCGCAAUGGAUGAAAGUGAUCAGUUGACCGAUCUAGUAAACGAAGGAUGUCCGUACUUUUUCGUCGAAUUGCCAGAUGGUUCACGGCUGUUCACACGACAGAUGAAAAAUUUCCCAUUGCAAUUCGCUAGAGAGGUAUGCACUUUUGCUGGAUUCGUUUGA